GAAACCUUGACGCCGUUACGGUCGUCGCAUGUCCGCCACAUAGAGAUAAGACAUCCAGCAACAGACAACAGAGACGAGAGACAAAGAAAAAUUCCCAUAAGGAAAAUCGAAGCGACGUUGUCCUUCGACGACUCUAACGUGAUCACCAAACACGUUGACCAUAAAGGUCGCACACCAUGGCUACCAGGAGACUUUGAACGACGCAAGAAAGCCGCAGGUGAAAGCGCGCAGGUCUCGAAACAGCCUUAGGAGGAGAAACUGGUCGAGGGUGGCCGAUUGAAGUCACGCGAGGGUUGAACCGAGACCCCAGAGCCGAGCCACUGAUUCUUUCCGUGGCAAAUCAGUCUGCAGAAUGAAGUGUUCCGCGUGGUUGCUUUUCGCGUUGUUGCCGCAACUCUUCGCCGUCUUACCGGUCACCAACUCCCAAAUCGUGGGCCAGAGGAUCCCGAGUAGACAGGGUGUAGGUCGAGAGCAGCCAAUCGUCAGGAUCUCAGGCCAAGGAUCGGUGGCUGGCAAGGAGGUAACCAUAAAUUCGAUAAAGGUGAUAGAAUAUCUGGGAAUUCCUUACGCCCAGCCACCGUUGGGAAAAUUACGUUUUGCUGCGCCUGUUACCGACCCCCUACCAUCGUGGAGCGGCGUGCGAAACGCAACAAAAUUUGCACCGUCCUGUCAACAAAUAACCGACAAGCCGAAACUUCACGAACAAUACUACAAAAGAUUGCUACCGAUUGAGCAACCCGAUCCUGGAGUUAGCGAGGAUUGUCUGUACUUGAACAUCUUUUCCCCAGACGGGAACAAACCAAGCGAUGGAUGGCCAGUGAUGGUGUGGUUUCAUGGUGGUGAUUUCAACACUGGCACCCCAGCCAUAUGGAAUGCCUCAAUUUUCGUCAGCAGACAGAAAGGUGUUUCAAUUAUCUAA